UUGCGCUGUCGGUAUGUUUCCCCGUUCGGUUAUGAUGCGCCUGGCGAGGUCGAGAUGGAUGUCUCGGAGAAGGGUGAUCAGUCCGUUCUUAUCCUGUAUCGUCUUGGCGGCCUGGCCGCGGGCGGCCCCCACGUUUGCCGCUGCCCCAACCUCUAUACCCCAGCCUACUGACGGAGAAAGACUUGUAUCGCAAAACAAAAAAUCACAGAGGGCGCCUGACACUCGUGAGAGACUGCUUGCAUUGUAGUUCGCGAUCUGGGCGCUGGCUACUCUGCGCUCUCGCGACGCGCGCGAU